AUGCCACCAAAGCCAACAUUCAAGGUGGAUGCCACCCCUGAGGGAUUCACGCCCGAGAGGUUCGAAAAGGAGCUGAAGAGCCUGGCAGCCAAGGCCAAGGGCGAGAAUAGGGGUCGAUUUCUCCAGCAGCAGGCCUCGGCCUACCUCAAGUCGGCCAUUCUACUCGCCCUUGCCGCCGUCUACAGCAACGUCUCUCAGUUGGCCCUCUCGCCUGUUUACGGCUCCAUCCCGUCGUCCAUUUACCAUGCUAAGCUCGUCAUGGCUGCCUGCUUCUUUGGUUGGGCCGGCAAUAUGUUCCUGAACCGCUCACUGCCCUUCAACCCGGCCAAGCUGCUUCCUGUAGUAGCCUUCUGGGUCCCGACUAUUCAGUUCUACCUGUAUCUGACGAGUGGUGUGCUCACGGCGUAUUGGGGCCCCUUGCUCACAGAAAGCGUCACCUUGUUCCCCCUCAUUGUAGUCUCAGUGAGCUGCGUGGCAAAUGAGCUGGAGAAGGCCGACCUCUCGAAACUACCAAAGUUCGUCGCUGAUGCGGGCCCUGGCUUGGGAUCAUGGGGGCUCUUCAAGUUCAUGGAGAAGCUGUCAGGAGAAUACCUCCAGACGUAUGUCGGCAGCUCCUUCUUCCAGACCAGAGUCGGCCUCGAGGCGCUGCUCGCUGCCGCAUACUCCAUCUACGCGCCUUCCAAGCUGCUGCUCCUCGCCAUUCCGGCCGCCUUGCACACGGCUGUGCUGAACACGCAUGCCCUAACUCCCAUGGCGUCCGCUUCGCUCAACAGCACUCUGCAAGCUAACAACUGGACCCUGCUGGACCGCAAGGAGUCUCUAACCGGAUACGUCUCCGUUCUCGAGAGCAAAGAACACGGCUACAGGGUCAUGCGAUGCGACCACUCCCUCCUUGGUGGCGAGUGGGUUAUCCACAAAGGGCCCCGAGUUGCGGAGCCAAUCUACGGCGUGUUCGUCAUGCUGGAGGCUGUCCGGCUUGUCAAGACUGCAAAUGCUGUGCCCGACAAUGAGGCAAAGGCCCUCAACAUUGGUCUCGGCAUCGGCACUACCCCAGCUGCUCUCGUCGCUCACGGCGUCGACACGACAAUUGUUGAGAUUGACCCCGCUGUGCAUGAGUUUGCCUCCAAGUACUUCCAGCUGCCGUCGAACCACACCCCCAUCAUUGCGGAUGCAGUGGGCUACACGCGCAAGCUUGCCGAUGACCCGGAUGCCAGAUUCGACUAUAUUGUCCACGACGUCUUCACCGGAGGCGCCGAGCCCGUUCCCCUCUUCACACUCGAGUUCCUUCAAGGCCUCAACUCGCUCCUUAAGCCCGACGGCGCCAUUGCCAUUAAUUACGCCGGCGAUUUCCUCCACCCGGCUCCGAAGCUCAUUGUCGACACCAUCAAACAGGUGUUCCCUUCGUGCCGUAUCUUCCGCGAGUCGGAGCACCCCACUAAGGAGAAGAUCGCCGAGGAUGGCCAGGACUUCACCAACAUGGUCAUAUUUUGCAAGAAGACGAGCGGCAAGCUCAAAUUCCGAGCUCCCGUUGAAGAUGAUUUCCUCGCUAGCCGUACCCGCCGCGCCUUCUUAAUGCCCUAUCACGAGGUUUUCGACAAGCAUUUCCUGGAAGGCGACUUUGGCAUUCUCACGAACAACAACACCGAGCAGCUGACCAAGUGGCACGAGAAGAGCGCAUUGGGUCACUGGGAGGUCAUGCGGGUCGUCUUGCCAGACAAGAUUUGGGAGAUGUGGUAA